AGAUUUAACCUUAUCUAAUUUCACAAAUUUUCUACCUUUGGAAUCCAUGGCAAAAUUUCCCUUUUUCUCUUUUUCUUCUUUUAGGUUUUUGUGAUUCCAUUGUUCAAGAAGGCCAAGGUGAAGAACACGAAAAAGAACAUUGAAGGCCCUCCACAGGAUUCCCGAUUCUUGAGGCUUAUGCAAGUAUAUAAAUCACCCCAACCCACACAACUAAAUCAUACACUCACUUAACAAUCUCUUCUGCUUCUUCUACAUUCUCUACAACUCACGUUUCCUCUCUUUCUAUUCCUUCUGUCCCUCAGACCCAGAGAAGAUGAACAGGCCAGGAGAUUGGAACUGCAGGUCAUGCCAACACCUGAACUUCAGCCGCCGAGAUUCAUGCCAACGAUGUGGUGAUGCCAGGUCCGGUGAAUAUGGAGGCUUUGGUGUGAGAGGUGGUGCAUCAUCAUUUGGAUUCAGUGGGUCAGACGUCCGGCCUGGAGACUGGUACUGCUCAGCUGUGAACUGCGGUGCCCACAACUUUGCCAGCCGCUCAAGCUGCUUCAAGUGUGGGGCAUUCAAGGACGAGUCUGCUGGGGGUUAUGAAGGUGAUAUGGCACGUUCAAGAGGUUAUGGUUUCGGUGGUGGUGGUGGUGGUGGUGGUGGUCGCCGCUCCGGAUGGCAAUCUGGUGAUUGGAUUUGCACCAGGUCGGGGUGCAAUGAGCAUAACUUUGCGAGCAGGAUAGAGUGCUUCAGAUGCAGUGCACCUAGGGAAUCUGGUACUGCAGUCUGAGAGAACCAAAGAGAGAUCACCUAUUAUAUUAGCUCGAGUUACUCAGUUUUUGUCCACCACCUUGGAUCUAUUUUCUUCUUCUGCUCAGCCCGUCCAAAUGAAACAAAGUUGAAGACUCAUGUCUGCAGGGCAAUUCCCUUCCGUGUUUUCUUAGCUUUCUCAUAACAAGUUUAGCCAUGUACUUGUGGUGUUCUUCAAUCUAUUCUUCAGUUUUCUUUGUAAUGUGUUGGAAGAAGAGUUUCUAUAUUUAUUGUAUGAUGCAUGGUGUUCUUAAAAGAAGCUUAUGAAAGCCUUAUAUCUAGUAUAAAAUUUUGAAUC